CGUGAAGUAAAGUUAGGAGAAGCGAAGCUAUAAUAUAUGAAGCCUACAUAAACAUCCUGAAAAGUACCUAGCUAGAUGAACGAGAAGAAAAAAGAGAAUGUUCCGCUGGAUUACUUCAGGGACACUCCAGUACGAUAUUUAGGAUAUGCAAAUGAAGUUGGUGAAGCCUUCCGACAGCUCAUACCAGUGAGUUUUGUGAGGUUGAGUUAUGUUGUGGCAUCAACUUAUUGUUUGUCUGAUGCAACUUCUAAAGCAUUCAACGUAAAGAAGGAAGAUUUAUCUACAAAUAAAAAGUCACCAAAUAAGAAGGCAAUAGAAAUGUUUAUUGAAGCUGCAGUAUGGCAAGGUCUUGCUUCUGUCAUCAUACCUGGUUUUACAAUCAAUCGAAUUUGUUGGAUGUCAAAUAUUGUAAUCAGAAGUAUGAUGUCAUCAUUGUUAUCGCCAACAAGACAGAAAUAUUUGGUUACUUCAAUUGGACUUGGGUGUAUACCAGUUAUAAUCAAACCAAUUGAUCGUUUGGUGGAUGCUGUAAUAGACAGUGGUGUAAAGUUAUCAAAAGACGUGGGUGUUGAACACCGUCUUCCACAUGAAGAAAAAGCCUUCCACGAUAUCAUGGAACAAGAUUCUCGAAGAAAGCAUAAGUAACAGUAGAAUUUACCUUUUUAGGUUUUUCACUUUCGACCUUGUCGUCAAAGAAUUUACUUUGUUAAUAAAUUUAGCCGAUAUUUUGAAUUUGUAAAUAUUUGUUCCACUGUUUAGUGUUAAACUUGCACAUUUGAAGUAAGUUUUUUUAAUAUUUCACCUGAUAUAUAUAUAUUCAAUUUUUAAAUGUAACAAGUAUAGCUAUAAUUAUUACGUAUUUAUUCUAGAUAUGUGAAGCAUGUUAACUACAUUUGAUGUUUAUUUUCAUAAGCAAAGACUUUCCCGCUAAA